GGGCGAGGAACUCAUCGCAGAGUCGCUGUGGGGUGGAGGGGAUCAUCUACCCCCAGUUCGUGCCACUAUCUCCCCUCAUUCACCUGUCAAAGGAGUGUGUGAGGCCCGUCGGAGAGUGUGUGUGUGUGUGUCGGAUGGAAGGGAGCAGGAGUCUUGGAGGACAGGGGACGGAGCUGAGGGUUACGCUCCCCGAAACAGCUCCGUAUUUGCGAGUUUCACGUGAAAGUGCGAAUUUUGCAGACGUUACUGUGGGAAUGUGAAUCCAUUUAUGAUAAACUGUUGCCAUUACAAUAGCGGCAUUUGGGGAAAUAUGUUCAGUCGAUCGCCGUGCAGUUUUUGAUCAUCCGCUUUGAUUUUCGUCUGCGUCCAACAUACCUCGGCGUUUGGCAAACGUCGGUUCAGUUUGGCAGAAACUGUUCUCCGACGCGUGUUCCUACAACAAUAGCUCAUUCAUUCUGUUUCUCUGUCAGUCGCGAGCGCUGGGCGCUGAUCACAGGGAGAAGGUUGGCAAAGAUGGCUGUCAGUGGAGUAGCUUGGUCAUCUGAGACUCAGAGUAGAGCCACGCUAAUAAAUAGCUGGGCAUUUCAUGAGGGACUAAAAAACAAUAACUUUGGAGCAGGAAUUCCUCGUGAUAUCUGUUCCAAACUGCUCAGCCGAAGUGGGAUUUGUUUACGUUAAGGCCGUACGUAACUCGAUCCGAUCUCAUCCCUGUCUUCUUCUAUGUCGAGUUCUGGCCACAAAUUCACCUCUUGACUGUAAAUAAGUGAGUCACCACAGCUUAACCCGACGUCGACGUAUCGAUAGCAUUGCACUUGUCUCAUUCUGAAUUGAAUAAUUGAAUGAGCAGCAGAAGCCAUUCUCUUCUUUUGACGUUAUGUCAGCGCCUCAGCGUGAACCACUGCAAACACGACUGUCAUCCAUUUUGUCAUGUGAUGAUGACAGUUGUUUCAGCACAAGCUAGAUCCUGGUGGCGGGAAAAUCAUCCUUCGAUGACAUCAGAGCACUUGACUCACAAAGGCUAUAAAACAGAUCUGUGCAAAGCGUGGCCCGGGGGCCAUAUGCGGCCCGGUGCCUGUAUUUUUGUGGCCCUUUUAACGUCAGACUAUAACUAUAGCUUAUAUGUUGUAAUUUUUCUGCCUUUUUUUUUGUUCUUUCUCCUUUAGUCACCACCACCACUUCAGCAGUAACUAUAGCAUGUCUUUCAAGACUAAUAUUUUCUUCUUUUCCUUGGCCGUUUUUGUGUGUUUUCAUCAAAAUGCAAUGAAGGAACAUUGAAAUAUAUAUUUUUAAAUGAAUUGCCUUUUUAUCCUGAACCUCUGGGUCGUAGUUAUGUUGAUUUAUAUUCAAAUGAAGUGCAUAUAAAAUGAGAUAUUUCAUUAGUUUUCAGCGCAUAUUUACACUUUUUAAUAUCCUUAUUACAUUUAGUGUUUUUAGGUCAACUUGCCCUUGUUAGUUCAGGAUAUAUUUUGGAUAUUUUUCCGUAUGUUUUGUAGUCAUCGCUGUCUUUCUUUUCAUGAUGGCCCCUCACAACAGUUUCUAAUGUGGCCCUUCAGGAAAUGUUAUCGCCCACCUCUGCUAUAAAAGUUCACCAUAGACGACAUGAAUUUAAAGGGGACGAGUGUUCAGUCAUCUGUGGCUCUGAAGAAGAACAUUUUGAGCUUGAAAUAAAAGGCAGGGUAAAUAACCUGCCUCCGAAUCUGCCUCCCUUUGUUCCCCCCUUUCUCUCCCCAUGUAAAACCAUACCCUUGACUUGCAGCAUUUUUUUUUUUUCUUCCUUAAAGCAUGAAAACAGCGGUCUGCACGGACCGGUUCUGACUCCCUCCUUGCACCGAAAGAUAAGCCUCGGAAUAAGAUAGCGAGCGUGUGCUGUGUCUAGCAGCCCGGCGAAGGAGACUCGUGUGUCUGCAGUCAGUGGGAAGAGGGCCAGCUCCCCUGCCUGAGCUCUCAGCGCCCCCACUGGCUGCACGCUGUGCCAAUCAAAGGCUGGUGGGAGGGGAGCAGCCAGACAUCAACGCUGAUGUCACAGUCACAUGGAUUCUGGUGUGGUCAUGCUCGGAGGCUGAGAGGCAGAGCUGUGCUGGCCAGCUGCUGCUGAGACAGCAGUGGAGGGCUUUGCGCUGGUGAUAGUUCUUCUCUUAUGGACUCGACGCUCAAUGAUGUAUUUUGUGAUUUCAGCUAUGAAAGCUCAAAUCGAAAUAAUUCCCUGCAAGAUCUGUGGAGACAAAUCAUCAGGCAUCCAUUACGGCGUGAUAACAUGUGAAGGCUGCAAGGGCUUCUUCAGGAGGAGUCAGCAGAGCAAUGCAGCCUACUCCUGCCCGCGUCAGAAAAACUGCCUGAUCGACCGCACCAGCCGCAACCGCUGCCAGCACUGCCGGCUGCAGAAGUGCCUGGCGGUGGGCAUGUCCCGAGAUGCGGUGAAGUUCGGCCGCAUGUCGAAGAAGCAGCGGGACAGUCUGUACGCUGAGGUCCAGAAGCACCGGCUGCAGCAGCAGCAGCGCGACCACCAGCAGCAGCCCGGCGAGGCCGAGCCGCUCACGCCCAGCUACGGCCUCUCGGCCAACGGCCUCACCGAGCUCCACGACGACCUCAGCGGCUACAUGGACGGCCACACCCCGGACGGCGCCAAGCCCGACUCGGCCGUCAGCAGCUUCUACCUGGACAUCCAACCCUCUCCGGACCAGUCGGGCCUGGACAUCAACGGCAUCAAGCCGGAGCCCAUCUGCGACUUCGCCCCCGGCUCGGGCUUCUUCCCGUACUGCUCCUUCACCAACGGAGAGAGCUCCCCCACCGUGUCCAUGGCAGAGCUAGAGCACUUGGCCCAGAAUAUCUCCAAGUCACACAUGGAGACUUGUCAGUACCUGCGAGAGGAGUUGCAGCAGAUGACCUGGCAGGCGUUUCUUCAGGAGGAGGUAGAGAACUACCAGAGCAAGCCUCGGGAAGUCAUGUGGCAGCUGUGUGCGAUCAAAAUAACAGAGGCCAUUCAGUAUGUGGUGGAGUUCGCCAAGCGCAUCGACGGCUUCAUGGAGCUGUGUCAGAACGAUCAGAUAGUGCUGCUGAAAGCAGGCUCUUUGGAGGUUGUGUUUGUCAGAAUGUGCCGUGCCUUUGACUCACAAAACAACACAGUCUAUUUUGAUGGGAAGUACGCCGGACCUGAUGUUUUCAAGUCAUUGGGCUGUGACGACUUGAUCAGCUCCGUCUUCGAGUUUGGGAAAAACUUGUGUUCUAUGCACCUGUCUGAGGAUGAGAUCGCCCUGUUCUCCGCCUUUGUGUUGAUGUCUGCUGACCGGUCCUGGCUCCAGGAGAAAGUCAAGGUGGAGAAACUGCAGCAGAAGAUCCAACUGGCGCUCCAGCACGUGCUGCAGAAGAACCACAGAGAGGACGGUAUUCUAACUAAGUUGAUAUGCAAAGUGUCGACGCUGCGAGCGCUGUGCAGUAGGCAUACAGAGAAGCUCACAGCAUUCAAAGCAAUAUACCCAGACAUUGUGCGGGCCCACUUCCCCCCCUUAUACAAGGAGCUGUUUGGAUCAGACUUUGAGCAGUCCAUGCCCGUUGACGGGUAGCAGCCCGGCCUGGUGCCCACCGUAGGGGAAUGUGGUGGAGGAAUCUGAGACACUUUAUAGGUGGCCUGCACAAACCAGAGCGGACAGACGUCGCGCUCCUCUUCUUUCACGUCCCACUCAACUUUGGUUCUCCGCCUCCGGACCCCACUGAGAGGUGGCUUCUGACCCGAGCGACGUCGAUUCAUUGUUAACUAUCCACAAUUUGAGAAGCAAUAUUUCCUGUCCAGUCAUAAUCCGACAGAAGAAUUCGUCUGUUCCAUCUCACCCCGAUCUCCGACGGGGUCCAGUCCGGCUUCCUUUCUCCCCUCGUGUUCAGAUUCCCACGCAUUUCUGGGCGCUCGCGGCGGCUUCGAGGGAGGCUGUGUCGACAUGCCAUCGCCGCCUCUCCACGGACAAUCGUUGAACAACAAGAAAAAAGAAAGAGAAUUCUGGUAAUUCUAAACUAUUUUAGUUGUCAAAGACUCCAUCCACCAUUGUUGCAUAGUGAAAUCAUGUAAGGCCAUCUGCUAUUAAUCCUUGCUCUGGACGGGAGCCCUGCCGACGCUGGGGCGCCCACGAGGGUCCAUUCCACCUGUUUUAUAAUGUACUACAGGGUAUAUGGUCAUAAGUACUUACUAUACAGAAGAAGUAAUGUUUAUAGAAUCUAUUUUAAAUAACAUGUAUGAUAAUAGUAGUUAGACCAUUCUUAAAUGUUGACUUGAUAAGGCACUUUUAUUUACACCUUUUUUUCCUUGUUAAUUUAAGACUUGUAUAUUUACCUAGUGAUGUGUUGCAUGUGCACAAGAAAUACAAGUUGAACCAUCGUCACAGGGGCUUGUCCUGGGAGCGGAAGUUCGGGGAGGGGGCGGGGAGGGGGGGCGUCAUUGAGCUGGUGAAGGAAGGUGAGGAAGUUUGGAUGAGGAGGCGGGUGGAGACAUUGGACGACUGGAAGAGUCAGGGAGGGAAAGAUCGCCGUCGAACAGACAGUUAAAUUGUAGCAGUGCGUCACAGGAAUAAUGGAGCUUCGGAUCUUCAGAAACUGAACUUGAAAUGAAAGUUCCAAGAUGUUUAUCACAGCUGGGUUGAGCAUGAGUCGAGGCAAACGACAUGCCAAUUCACCAACAACAGAUUUCUGUUUUGUACAGUAGUUUUCUUAUUGAAUGAAGAUCUGCUGAAAACAACAGCGGCACACUCCUAAUACUAAACACAAAGGUUUAGUUUGCUUAAAUUAUUUAUUCAAUUUCAUUUUUGUUUUUAAAACCACGGCUAGCAAGUGUGGUGAGUCGCCUCCUUAUUAUUGCAAGGGUAAAGAUCCAGACCCCCAGUGAAGAGUGUAAGUCUGUGAUCUGGGGAAAGACAGGAAGAGCGGCUCACUAAACCCCUGGACCAGCAGGAAACAGCAGGUUCAUCCUGCCUGUCUCAGAGGUCAAGCCACUGAAGUCUCAGUGAUCCAAGGACAGUGUUAUAUUGGGAUUUGCCAUCAAAUAUUUGCAACUUAUUCAACGAUACAGUGGAAAGCUGAAUUACUGCUAUUCUUUCUUUAUCUUCCUCAACUUACUUCUACUUUAUUAUUUAUGUUUAUUUACACUGUUUGGUAUAUUUUAGACUGGAAUAUACUUUUUAGGCCAAAAACAUCAACAACAUUUUAAUUUUAUUAUUAUUAUUAUUAUUAUUAUCCUCAAUCAUGCAGCGUAAACCAGUGUGUCCAAUUCAUUUAAGAAGCUCUGACAUCUGUGAGACACUCGGGGCAUAUUUGGCAUAUUAUUAUUUCAUUAUGGAAGUCUCACAAUCAUGUGACAUUCGAUUUGAAUUUGAGAGGAUGAAAAUUGGAGUUCAGAUAUUAUUUUUAAUAUUAGAACCGUAAUUUUUUUUGUUUUGAAAUUUUGCAAAGUCACGUCUUCGCUCGAGUCGCGAUCAAUAAAACGCAUGUCGACGGCUCAUUUUGAACGAAAUUCCGGCUGGAGUUGCGCGCGUGUGUGAAACAGCGGUCCCACUGCUCCACCUAGCGGAAGGUGAAGGAACAGCAGUCCGAUGUCUCCCCCGCUCCCUCACCAACACCAUGAAGGGAAAGUGAAUAUUCAAAGCCUUGUCUGGUCGUGUAAACCUUCUAUUUUUGUAACAUGUUUUUCGGUUCCUCGACUGAACUUAGAGGGCGAGAGAGAAGGGGAACCAAAAAAAAAAAAAGAAGAUGUCAGGUAGCACUUAACUAUAUUCUUGCAAUAAUUAGAUUAGCUGCGGUUUGUGUGAUUUGGGGGGUGAGGGGGGGUGAAAAUGUUGGGACAAGUGCUAUUUUCAGAAUGCUUUGUUGUUGUGCUUCUGUUUUGUUGCGUGUGUCUUUCUUGUCAGUGUGGUUGUAAAGAGAAAAACAACAAAAAGUAACAAGAAAAAAACGUGCCAAACAGUAUACGUGGCUUGUAGAACGGAUUCCUUCCACAUUCCAGCAGUCGCGGCUUCUAAAAAAAAAGUUUGUUUUUUUAAAUAUAUAUAUAUAUACAUAUAGGCAGAAGCUUAAAAAAGGUUGUCCCUUUAGAAAGCAUGACAACAGGCGCCCCCUCCCCGUGAAGUCCUUGUGUUGGAUCAUUCCUCUGCCGUGCAAUCCGCUCCAGGUGUCGCCGCCUGGUGCUGUCACCCCUCAGGGAAGAGUUGCGUCGCCAGUCCGAGAGCAAGCCUGUGUUAGGUUUAGUUUCAGGGAUGAGUCCCACAUCACUGCCGCUCCAAGACCACUGCGCCCCCCCGAGUUUCUUUUCUUUUUUUUUGCUCCAAUUGAAACCAUCGGAUUUGCGUCAAAAUCAAGGUGUCAUCAGGGUCUUUUAAUAACAACCCUCUUUGUUGGAGAAACCAAAUAUUCUUAUGCAAUACGAAACCUGUUGUGUUGAUGCUGUAGCGAUCUGUUUCGUGGAUAUGCACAAAGCCCUUCUUUUACGACGAGCAAACCUCAGUCUCCCAGCAAACACUAGACAAUCCAGGACAACAGCUAAGACGAUGUAUGGAACGCUCAGGGAGGUGCGGGUUCAGCGGAGAACAGGUGGCGAGUUGCAAAGCAUCCGAUUUUUCUCUUCGUUUCUGGAUUCACCUUUACCGCCGAUUUGUCUUUAAGCAAAUUGUUGUUGUUUUUUUUCCACACGAGUGGCUCAUAAUUGUGUACUUCAAUAAACAAAACAAGCAAUAUGCCUUGUGUUGACGAUUACGGGUCUCUAUACAGUGCAGGCGUCAUCCUUUUCCGCUCGCUCAUGUCGUGGUUUCAUCCUCAAAUAUGAGUCCAACUCGCACACUGGCCUGUGAAGCGAUGUCCUUCUCAGUGUGUAGUACUGGUCCUUCUGUCUCUGCUCUGUUGUCUGUCUGUACAAAGCAAUAGUGCGUGCGUGUGUGUGUGUGUUUGUGUGUGAACAACCCCAGACAAGGCUUUAAUAAUUACAAAAGGAGGUUUUUAUUUAAGAGUCCAUCCAUCCAUCCAUGAUGAAGAGCAGGACGUAACGCACAUUUGCGGGAGGCUUUUUGACCGUAGUGUUAUGUCACGCUUUCGAUUAGUGCUGGAGUGUGUUACCCAUCUUUUGUUCCAAAGCACAGAUAAUAAGAUUUUAAGAUGAUAGUUUAAAAAAAAAAAAAAAAAAAACUUUUUA